GCGUCCGUCACGUCGGGGGAUGAGAACAAGAAGCCUGCGGCUUCUGCAGCUUCACGCAGGACGACCCUAUCCACUGCAGCCACGCGGUCCUCACCUGGCAAGGCGGCCACGACGGAGCGGCGGUCGACCAUUGCCCCCCCGAGCUCGACAACAACAAAGCGUCCCCCGAAUACCUCCCGUUCUGCCGCUGAGACGUCGGUAGCCCGAGCUACCCCUCGUCCGUCGCUGGCUUCCUCAACGCGUGUGACGACGACUCGGCCAACAACCACCUCGAGGGCAGCUCCAAGCGCUGCGAGCAAGACGCCGGCCUCACAUGCAAAGAAGCCGUCGGUGCCCCCGAUUACUCCCAUGGCGGCUGAGGCUAGCUUUUCGAUCCCAGAGGAAGAAACCAGCACCGUCUAUGUCUCUCCCAAGAGCGCCGAUCUAAGCAAGGAGAAGGUCGCCUCCGAUACCGAAGCCGACCUGCGAAAGACGCCCUUCUCCCAGGCGAAAGCUAACCUAGCCAAGCUCAGCGAGGAGGCGCAGCGCUUAGAUAUUGCCCCCAGCGAACCUGUCGGCGACCUCGAGUCAGACACGAAGCACAGGAGCGCUCAGAUUAUGCAAGACUUCUUCAAGGAGACCAAUCUCCGCGAGAAGCUGCAGGAGCAAUGCGAUGGCUUGAGCCGCGAAGUAGACAAGCUACAGGUGGAGAGGACAAAGCUGAAGGAGCAGCUGGCCGAAGCAGAGGCAUCUAUUUCCGAUAAAGAUAUACUCCUUGCCGAAGCACAAAUUUCCAACGACGCCUCUCAAGCAAAGCACUCAUCACUGGUCGACGAGAUGGAAAAGAAGUUUGCGUGGGAGACCAGAGAACUCCAGCGAGAGGCCGAGCAGCUCAAGGUGGAGAAGGCCGCCGCUCAAGCGAAAAUAGUAGAGGAAGCACAACGUGCUGCUGAGCUCCAGGAACUUCUCGGCCAACUUAACAGGGAUCUUGAACAGCAGGGCCAAGAGUGGGAUGCCGAAAAGGAGAGAGUGCUCCAGCAACAAGCCCAAAUUGCCACUCUGACAGAUGAGGUCAGCUCCCUGACACAGGAGAAGGAUGCUCUGGCACAGCAGGGUAUGGAAUCUCGCGAGACCAUCGAAGGAUUACAGGUAGAAUUGGUUGAAGUUGAGCAAGCCCAUACGGAUGAGCUCAAAUCGCGAGAUGACAAGGUCGAUGAACUGUCCAACGCUCUCGAAGAUUUGCACGCCGAGAUGGCUGCUUUAGAGCAGCGCCACUCUGACGUUUUGGGAGAGACUCAGAGGGUGCUGGAGGCAAAAUACACACUAUCCUCCACGUUGGCCGAAGAACUCCAAGCCAAGAUUGAAUCUCUCCACCAACAGCACACCGAUGAUCUGCGCGUCAAGGAUGAGAUAAUUGAGAGUCACAUCCAAGCCACGAACGAGUUGCGGGAACAUGCGGACAAGGUCCAGGAGAGGGCCGACCAGACCGCCGCAGACUUGGAAAACGAAAGAAAUGCACAUACCGAGACGGUUCACAAUACGAUUGCCGAGCUGCAGCAGAACAAAGAGGAGGAGCUUCAUGCUAAAGAAAUCGAGGUUGCAGCCCAUAUCCAGGCCAUCGAAGGGCUACAAGAGCAGAUCAAGACCUUGCAACAAGGAGAGACCGAUGGAGUUCAGGUCGCUCAGCAACUUAAUAUGCAAAUUGAGGAGCUCAAACAAUAUCACGCAGACGCUCUUAGGGUUAAAACUGAGGAGAACGAGGAGCUCUUGAAACAGCUAGAUGUUAUCAACGAGCAGCUAGGAUCGGAUGCAACACAGAUGAAAGACUUGAAAGAGGAGAUCGAGGGUCUGAGAAGGACACUUCAGACGCUCGAGGACGUGUCACAGCAAGAAGAACGGCAGCACUCCUCUAGCCUCGCUAAGAUUAAAGCAGAGCUUGAGGACGCGAAAUCCAAAGCAGAUUCGUUUAAAACUGAGCUUGACGCUGAGCAAGACAGACACCGACAAUACUUGCGGUCUCUUGGCGAAGAUCACGAAGCUAAAAUAGAAUCCCUUCGCGAGAAUCUCGAAGGUGACGCGAAAACCCGCUUAAACCAGCUACAAGCCCAGUGUGAUGCCCUCGUUGCGGAAAAAAACGCAUCAGAGGAAGAACACCUCACGACCUUGGUCGGGAAAACGCAGGCAUUGGAAGCUCUGACCCAAGAACUGAAUUCCCUAAAGGAACAUUCCGAAUCCGCAUCUCAAAGGCUCUUAGACGCGGUUACAAAACACGAGCAACUUGUCGGAGAAAAGGCGGCUGUUGAAGAAGCUCAUGCUACCUCACAAAGUAUCUUGCUCGAGCUCCAAGCCCGUCAUCACAGUCUAUUGCAGGAGAAGGCUGCCGCCGAGGAGGGCCAUUCGACAUCACAAAAGCUUAUUGCCGACCUUCAGGCUCGCCAUGACAGUUUGUUAGAAGAAAAGACUACCGCCGAAGAUGCCCAUAGGCGUGCGCUCGGCGCUAUUAAGCAGGAUUCCGACAGCGCCUCGAGGCAGCUUGUGGAUGAACUGCAAGCCAGGUAUGACACACUCUUGCAAGAGAAGAUCAACGCCGAGUACGGCCACACCACUGAGAUGGAAAGUAUGGGCAUCGAGCGAGAUAUUUUAACGCAACAGCUUUCGGAAUUAGAGAAGACGCAUGGUAAUAUGCUCGCGGAAAAGCUAGCUGCUGAGGAGAUUCAUGCUAGAGCGCUCGAGUCACAGCAAGUCGAGAUCGAGAGCAAGUUCGCUAACCUUCUCGAAGAAAUGCAGAGCGCUGCUGCAGCUUUAGAAGAGGAGAAGAAGACCUUACUUGAAGGAAAGCAGGCUGCACUUGACGAUCAUACACGCCAACUUGCAACUUUGAAGGAAGAACUACAAUCCGCCGAACAUUCUGGUCUAGACGAGUUGACCGCGAAGUACGAAGCCCUUUUGACCGAGAAGUCUACAUCUGAUCAAGAACAUGAAGCUGCGGUCGCACUUCUCAAAGAUUCUCUCAAUGAAGAGCAUGAACGCACUCUUGGAGGAUUGCAAUCCAAGUACGACACACUCAAUGAAAAGUUCGCUAAGACGGAUCAAGAGCAAGCCGACGCCAUUGCUCUACUCCGAGAGGAGUUGAGCGAAGGGCACUCGAACGAUCUACUCGCAUUGCAGAAGAGCCUUGACGAGUUGCAAAAGGCAUAUACCGACCUAGCCGCACAAAAAGCGUCCACGGAGAAAGCCCUUGAAGACGCUAUUUCGGAACUGAUGCUCGGCAUGGAAUCUAGUCAAUCUGAAGCGGUUCAGCAAUUGGAAAGGAAAUAUGAUGCAUUAGCGGUACAAUUCGAAGCUCUAGAGGCCAGCCACACCCAAGCGCUUGAGGCAGCAAAGAAACAGGCGCAGGAUGAGCACGAGGUUACACUUCAAGAGCUACAGUCGCGGCACGAAACCCUUUCUAUGCAUGUUUCCACGAACGCCGAAGUUUAUGCGCAGCAGAUCGACCGUCUGAACGAAAGCAUCCGCAGUCUCGAGGCUGAGCGAACCCAGGCCGUGCGCGCUCUGGAAGACGCUGAGGACCGGAUAGAGACUAUGAAAGGUGAUGUAGUAAGGAAGCAUUUAGCACUCGUCGAACCACUGGAGAAAGAAAAUAUGCAAUUAAAGGAAAAAGUUGAACGCUUGGAGGCGAUUCUUGCUGCAGGUGACCGAGUAGCACGCGCUGCCGCUACAGUUGGCGAACGGCGGGAAAUUGAUACAGUUAUGGAGGACGAGGAAGAGGAGGAAGAUGACGAGCAGGUUACUUCAGGCGCGGAGUCGACCUCUGCUCCUCGCGAGGUAUUGGGAACUUUAGCGGCCAUGCAAGAAACUCUCUCCCAGCUUUCUGAGCUCAACAACGACGCCAUCGCCGAGAGCUCACGAACUGCCCAGAAGCUUGCAGACGAAGACUGGGUAGCAGUUGAAAAGAGCACCUUUACCUAUACAUUUUGUAAUUCAUGUCGCCCUGUUUGA